AUGGUUUUGACGCUGAACAAGCUCAUUGAUGCGUUGACUCCACUAACAGCUGGUGCACAUCCGCGUGACGUGUAUGGAAUAUGCCUUUGGCUAAAGUUGCGACUAUUGUUAAAUUCUUGGCUGACGACAGCGCCGAUUGUGCGUGCAUCCUUUGACUGCGAUUUUGCAAACACAAAAGGUGCUGGGUCAAUUUCGAAGCUAACCAAGUAA